AUGGAUAGCUCGAGCUCCCUUUCUGUCGAUAUCCCCUUCAACAGCAGUAGCGGCAGCAGCGGCAGCAGCAGCAGCAGUAGCAGCAGCAGCAGCAGCAGCAGCAGCAGCAGCAGCAGCAGCAGCAGCAGCAUUUCCGUCGAUAUCCCCCUCAACAGCAGUAGCAGCAGCAGCAGCAGCAGCAGCAGCCGUAGCAGCAGCAGCAGCAGCAGCAGCAGCAGCAGCAGCAGUAGCAGCAAGCAGCAGCAGCAGCAGCAGGAGCAGCAGGAGCUGCGGAUAUCUGAGCUGCGUGGCUCUCAGUCUCUGCUGCGAGAGCAGCAGCAGCAGCAGCAGGAGCAGCAGGAGCUGCGGAUAUCUGAGCUGCGUGGCUCUCAGUCUCUGCUGCGAGAUGCAAAGAGAGAGGGGGGGACCCAGCUGCGGCCUCUGGUUGAUGGCUUAUCCCCCCCCUCAGUAGCAGAGGAGUCGAAACCUUCCUCUCUGCUGCAGGAGCGCGCAGCAGCAGCAGCAGCAGCAGCAGCAGCAGCAGAUGUUGACGAUGUUGCAGCUGCGUAUGAAGAGGAAGUAUGCGAAGCUCAGCAGGCGAUGAGCUCUUAUCUAGAAAAAGAAUUAAAGAAACUACAGGACCCCUCAUCAGCAUGGGUUUCUUUUCUUUCUCAACUAGCAGAG